GCAUGUAAACACACACCCGACGUUCUCGCUAUAAAAGUCCCCCGUGCCAGAGGCCCGCGCCCCAUAUUCACCCGCUCGCUGUGUGCGCGCUCCGAGCGCGGCGACACGGCCGGAGAGAGACACAGAGAGAGAGAGGAGGAACACAAAAUACAGCACGCGAUGGCCGCUGGACUGCAGCGUCACAGCAACGCGCCCGGCUUUGAGAGCGCCGAGCGCAUGUGCGUGGAGGAGGACUACUCCCUGUACGGCAGCCUGAGCGAGGAUGAGCAGAUCUGCCUCGCCAUCGAGCAGAGCCUGCAGGAGCUCGCGGGCAGAGGCGCGCCGCCGCACAAGCCCGGCGCGGCGCCCGUGCUCGCCGUCACGGGCAGGAGCCAUGCGCCGGCCGCACCGACGCAUCGCCCCCCAGCGGCGAACGACGUGGCCAGCAGGAGCAAUCAGAGGAACGAGCAGCAGACUACAGAGGGGCUCGCGUCACGGCAGGGUGCCCGCUACUGGCGCUCCCUCCCUCGCCAGAUCAUUCUGGAGCAUCGGGAGAGCACCGACCCGGUGUCGCUGGCCAUAGAGAAUGACGACGUCUCGAUGCUGCAGAGGAUCAUCGUGACCGGCACCGACCUCAGCAAAGUCCAGGGCCCGGACACCGUCCACCCGGUCCACGCGGCCGCCUUCCUCAACAAGCCCCGCUGCCUGCGGUUGCUUCUGCAGAAGUACCCGCAGCUGGUCAACCUCCGCUCGCGUAACAACGAGACUCCGCUGACGCUGGCAUCUGGCACUUGCAACCUGGAAUGCAUGAAGGUGCUGCUGGGCAUGGGCGCCUCCCCGGACGAGUGCCAGAGCUACAAGGAGACGCCACUGCACCAAGCCUGCGAAUGUGCCAACAUCGAGGCAGUCUCGCUCCUCAUCAAGUUCAACGCCAACGUCAACUUCCGCGGCAACCACGGCCACACGCCGCUGUACGAGGCAAUCUCCAAGAACAACCUGGACAUGGUGAUCCUCCUCAUGUCCGCCGGGGCCAAGAUGAACGUAGCAAACGAUUACGGUGUCUCGCCGCACUUCGUCGCGGCCGAAUGUGGCCACCUGGCCAUCCUGAGACACCUCGUGAGCCUUGGUGCUGACAUCGACACGGAAGCGAGGAACGGAGCGACGGCCCUCUACGAGGCGACGAAGAACAACCACGGGGACGUGGUGGAGUUUCUGCUGUCGGCGGGCGCCAACGCGAACAAGCCCACCAAGGAGGGCCUGCUGCCCCUGCACAUCGCCGCGUCAAACGGAAACGAGGAAAUUGUCUGCCUCCUGCUGCCCGUCACGAAAAAGGCUCGCAUCAAGCGGUGCGGCAUCAGCCCGCUGCACCUCGCCGCCAAGAACGGCCACUACGACGUCCUGCAGAUCCUCAUCAACAGCGGCUUCGACGUCAACUUCCAGCUGUCGGACGACCACUCGUUCUUCUACGAGGACCGCCGCACCACCGCCCUCUACUUCGCCGUCGCCACCACCGACGUCGACUGCGCCGAGCUGCUCCUCGAGUCCGGCGCCGACCCCAACCUGGACCCCAUCAACCCGCUGCUCGUCGCCAUCCGCCUCCACGCUCGCCCGCUCGUCGGGCUCCUGUUGGCGCACGGGGCCGACGUGAACGCGUGCGUCGCCGCGCACCCGACCGCCUUCCCGGCCGCCGUCAUGUUCUCCCUGCAGGACCUGCGCACCCUCCAGCUGGUGCUGAGGCACGGCGUCAGCGGGGAGGCCUGCUUCCGGUGCCCCUUCGGCGGCGGGAAGCACCCGCCCGUGCCGCCGAAGAGGAGGAAUUCGGACGACACUCGGGCGAACGCCCAGCCCAGGGUGGUGCACUUCUGCGAGUUGCUGGUCUCCGACGAGCUCGAGUCUUGGGCUGGGCCGAUCGUCGACGUCCUCCUCAACUUCGUGACCAACGUGCGCUUGUGCUCCCGGAUCAAGGAGCAGCUCGAUAGCUACCACGAGUGGAGCCCGAUCAUCGAGAUGGCAGAAAACCCACGUCCGCUCUCCCACCUGUGCAGGAUGACGAUCAGAAGCAUGUUUAAAUCUCAACGCAUGCGCCUGAUCGAUUCGCUGCCUUUGCCCAAGAGACUGCGAGACUACUUGCUCCACAAAUACGGAGAAGACGACUGAGCAUACAGCGAGAGAAAAAAGUAUUUGAUCCCCUGCUGAUUUUGUACGUUUGCCCACUGACAAAGAAAUUAUCAAUCUAUAAUUUUAAUGGUAGAUUUAUUUGAACGGUGAGAGACAGAAUAACAACAAAAAA